CGUGGUUAGUAUACCGAGAGUACUCGACUGAAACGCGACUAUUCCUUUUACUUACCAACUAUAUAUCUCUAUAUAUAUUUGUUAAUAAUAAAGUUUUGUUUUAAUAAACAUUACAUUAUUAUAAAUAAUAUUGAAACAACGUUAAAACGUUCCUGCCCGAUGUGCAUUCAAGUAAAAUACUAACUAAUCACGUGAUCGUAAAAAAUAGUGUUAAUAACAAUGGCGCCGUUUUACGCGGGAAAUACGAUUUUUUAAAGUUAACGUACGGAGGAAGGUAAUCGUCAAGAAGUAGCACGUGUACAGGAAAGUGUUUCGAUUAAUUCUCUGAGGAUGGGUUGUUGCGGAUGUUCCGACGAGGUCUCCUCUAAGGUGGAACCUAGGACUCCUGAGAAUGAAGAAAUGGCAGCUAGAAGAUCCGAAAAAAUAUUUGUAACUGAUCGAUCUUGUACAGAUUUGAUUACCUUAAUUAUUCUAAUAGCAGUACUCGGAGGUUUUGCAUUUAUGAUAACGAAUGCCGUGAAAAAUGGUGACAUAUAUCGUAUAGUAUACGGAUACGAUAAUUGCGGAAACGUUUGCGGACGUAUCACGCCAAAGGAAACUAAUCCAGCAUUUAGUUGCAAGGGUGCAGAUUACAGAAAUUUGCCAUAUUUGCAAAUGAAUAUAUUAUCCGAUGGUACAAAAAUUCGCGAGUGCGUAGCCAAAUGUAACGAUCCGGAACAUUUAAUAUUAUUUUUAAAUCGUUGCAUACCUAAAAAAGUAACGGAUACGGUAACAUCUAUUGUUAAAAGUCUUGGAUUAGAAAAUUUUUAUAGAGAAGUAUCAACUGAUUUAAGAGUGGCAUGGAGAGAACUGAUGUAUCUUUGUUUAAUUGCACUUGCAUUUUCUCUUGGUAUUCUGAUAGCGUUUCGUUACAUGGUACAAUGGAUUGUUUAUAUCGUUUUAAUUGGUGUCAUACUUGCAUGUAUAGGUGGUACAACUUAUCUAUGGAUGGCUUGGUACCAAGAGAAAAAAGAAUUGGAAUCAAAGAACGUUGUUGAUAAAGAAAAUUUCGAAGAAGAUUCCAGUUUGCAAGCAUAUUUUAUUUAUGCAAUCAUUAUGUCACUCGUCACGGUGUUGACGUUACUGAUAGUAUUAGUAAUGAGAAAAAGGAUCGCAUUGGUAAUGCAAUUAUUUCGUGAAGCUGGAAAAGCAGUUUAUUCCAUGCCUGCCUUACUUCUUCAACCAAUUUAUACGUACUUACUCGUUGGCAUAACUAUGUUCGCUUGGAUUUAUUGUAUGCUCUGGAUAGAAAGUGCUGGUACUGUUUAUAAAAAUAAAACGGGAAUUCAUUUUAGAAAAGAUGGACUUUUGAUAGCUGCCAGGUGGUACAAUCUUUUCGUUUUCUUCGUGUUAUGCGAAUUUUUCCUCGGUUGUCAACACAUGGUCGUUGCACUUUCGGUAGCACGUUGGUUUUUCACCAGAGAUAAGAAAAAAUUAUCUUUGACUGUGACAAAAGGAUUUGGAUAUCUCGUGAGAUAUCAUUUGGGUACAAUAGCAUUUGGUGCAUUGAUCAUUGGAAUUGUUCGUUUGGUACGAGCUAUGAUAUCCUUCGUUCAAAAUACUUUGAAGAAAUUUGACAACAGUUUUGUAAAAGCUAUUUUAUGGUGUUGUCAAUGUUGUCUAUGGUGUUUCGAAUGUGCACUCAAAUUUCUCACAAGAAAUGCUUAUAUCGAAACAGCAAUAUACGGAUGCAAUUUUUGUACCGGUGGUAGAAAAGCUUUUCUAGCAUUAUCGAGUAACAUUUUAAGAGUGGCAGCUAUCAACAGUGUCGGAGAUUUCGUAUUGUUUUUGGGAAAAGUAUUGGUAGUUGUAUUGACAGUUAUAACUGGUAUUUAUUUGAUACAGAAGAAAGAAGGAUUGCAACAUCCAUGGGUGCCAAUUGCCCUCGCAGGGUUAUUGGCUUUCCUCGUAUCCCAUUGUUUCAUUUCAAUUUAUGAAAUGAUCAUUGAUUCAAUAUUCCUCUGUUUUUGCGAGGAUUGUGCGAAAAAUGAUGGAAUUAGUAGACCAUACUUUAUGAGCCGUGGUUUGAUGGAAUUCGUGGAAAAUAGUAAGAAAGCUUUACGUCAAUUGGACGAAACUCAAUGACACCCUGUUGUCAAUGAUCCAAAAAAUCACCCAGUUUAUAUUUGACGAGAGUUAAAUCGUGAUUUUUUUCGGAUUUUUAAUUCUUUUUUUAAAAAAAAAAAGGCACAAA